AUGCGUGUUGCACUACGGCCACGCAGUGGUUGCCUGGUGCUCUGUCUGUGCCUGUCAGCUCUCACACUGCUGCUGCAGAGCCUCUGGGUGCCACAUGAGAUGACCAAGGAUGAACCUGCUGGGAGGUCACCAGAGGAUCAGGGUCAGCGUGGUCUCGGCGUUCGGAGACUGGCUCUGCGUUUGGAGGCUCUGAGCACUCAGGUGCAGAGGCUGAGCAGAGAGAGAGAUGUGACCCAGCUGAGCAGAGAGGACCUCAGUGUGAUACUGCAGAGCUUCAGACAGGACCAGCAAGGCCUGGCCCGCUUGGUGGAGAAGGAGCUCAUGCGAGUGGCCCAGAAGCUCGAUCUGCUCGGCCGCAGUCACGAGCAUCACCAUCGCUCGAACACUCCAGCGCCGCAUGAUGACCUCAGAGCACAGAGAGGGCCCAGUGAGUGUGAGGUGCCAAUGGAUGCUGCGUAUCCGGUCUGUGCCGAAAAAGUGGAGUUCCUGCAGGUACGCUGGCAGUCAGACCCCUGCUAUGCUUUUUAUGGGGUGGAUGGCACCACCUGCUCCAUCUUGACUUACCUCAGCCAAAUAGAAGAUUUUUGUCCUCCGCGCUUUGGAAGGAACCACUCGGCGCUGCCAUGGCACAGGAAACCUCCCUCCAAUCCAGAGAAGGUAGUGAUACGUACGUCUCUGAGCCAACUGUACGAGGUCAUCGGCAACAGCAGCAGUGGACCUGCGUUAAACUUCAUGAGGUCCAGAGUGGAGAGGAUGUCUGAGCGCUGGACUCAUGCUGGUGUGAGGAUGAGGCAAAGCAGCAACAGGACGGUUGCAAGUCGGGUGAGGGUGCUGCUGUAUCCCGGUGCCCUGGCUGGGAGCGCUGGUCAGCGUUUUGAAGCCAUGGUGGAGAGAGGGGGUCCUUUGGGCGAGCUGGUCCAAUGGGCGGACCUCAGCGCUUGUCUGACAAUCCUGGGCCACAAUGUUACCCUCAGUACAUCCCAGCGCCAACUCCACAGCCUGAUAGGUGCUGCUCCAGGCCGAGGCAGUUGUCCAAUCCAGAGGCCGCUACCCUUUGACCUCGUCUACACCGACUACCAUGGUCUGGCUCACCUUCAGGGAGCCAUGGGACUGGCUUUCCAGCAUUACCAGUGCCGCUUCAGAAUCCUGGACUCUUUUGGCACCGAACCAGCAUUUAACCUGGAGAGUUACGCAAAUAGCCACGAAUACAAAACAUUGUGGGGCAGAUGGGGUCUGCGGCCUCUGCAGUUCAUGACCAUGUUCCCUCACACUCCUGAUAACUCCUUCCUGGGCUUUGUGAGUGAGGAGGCAGCGAGGGCGGAUGUGAGAGAGGAGGAGCUGGAGCCUGAGACCUACAGGAAGGACAGGAUAGCAGUCGUCUAUGGAAAACAGGACUACAUGUGGCAGGGUAAAUUGGAGUAUGUGGAGGUGAUAAGCGAGGAGCUGGAGACCCACGCCACGGUCUACCAGCCUCCAGGACACUCAUCUAAUCUGCCCGGCUUCAUCACCAACCACGGCCUGCUGAGUCAGGAACACUUCCUACGACUUCUCCGCAGAGCCAAGGUGUUUGUAGGUCUUGGUUUUCCUUAUGAGGGUCCAGCUCCUAUUGAGGCCAUAGCUCUGGGCUGCGUCUUUCUUCAGCCAAAAUUUGACCCUCCACACUCAUCAGACAACAAUGACUUCUACAAGGGCAAACCCACUACAAGACAGAUCUCCUCCCAGCACCCUUAUGCCGAGGAGUUCAUUGGUCGACCUCAUGUGUGGACCGUGGACAUGGCCAACAGGACCGAUGUACGGGAGGCACUCAAAGCUAUUUUAAGCACCGAGGUCAAGCCUUUCACCCCUCGAGAGUUCACCUGUGAGGGGAUGCUGGAGAGGGUUCGUGGUUAUAUCACCCAUCAGGACUUCUGCAGUAAAUCUGUCCCUACAUGGCCCCCGGAGAGCGCUCUGAGGAUGCACCUGGGUCCCCUCGGCCAAUCGUGCGUUAGUGUGUGUCGACGCUCCUCCCUGGUGUGCGAGCCUGCUCUGUUUCACCACCUCAACGGUCCCUCUGCGUUUACCAGGCUUGGACUUGGCUGCGCUAGCAUGGGGCAGGAAGUCAACCAUCUUUUUCCCGCCUACAACCCUUGGGGCCGACACUGUGGUCUCCAGCAGGAGCCUCUACUGUUCAGUUGUGCCGGCGCCGACCCCUCGCACCGCAGACUGUGUCCCUGCAGAGCUCACCUGCCUGGACAGGUGGCGCUGUGCCAUGACUGCAUCUAA